GCGUGGUGCGGGGAGGCGUUCCUCUCGGAACGCGGCUAGCAGUGUGUCCGCUCUGCCUUGCACACUUGCAAUGAGACGUUAGGACGGUAACCGAGCCUGUUGCUCUUUCAAAACGUCCUGCUCCUACACUUCCGUGCCGACCCCACCUCUCAAAUGACCGUCCUGACUCUUCUGCCCUUAAUAAACAUGGCUGCCUAGCGCCUUCCCCGCCAGAGAGCCGGGCGGAAACUGCGGAGUCCGGUCCUUAACCGAGGUCCGCGGAGUUCCGCGGGCGGUGCCAGGCAGAGCGCGCUUCUGCCCCGGCGGGUGUGCGAGGACGCAGCCUGGGGCGCGGCCACCCCCGAUCCCGAGGCUUCAGGGUUCCGCCCGCUGGGCCUGUCUGCCGAGAAAGCGGCGGAGGGGUCCCCGGCGGGCCGCCACCAUGUGGGCCCUCCCCGAGUGGCCACUGCCGCUGCUCGUGAACUUGCUGGGCUCGCUGCUGGGAUUCGUGGCCACGCUCACCCUCAUUCCAGCCUUCCGCGACCACUUCAUCGCCGCCCGCCUCUGCGGCCUGGACCUCAACAAGCCCGGCCGGCAGCAGAUCCCAGAAUCUCAGGGAGUCAUCAGCGGUGCUGUUUUCCUCAUCAUCCUCUUCGCCUUCAUCCCUUUCCCUUUCCUGAACUGCUUUGUGGAAGAGCAGUGCAAGACCUUCCCCCAUCAUGAAUUUGUGGCCCUGAUAGGUGCCCUCCUUGCCAUCUGCUGCAUGAUCUUCCUGGGCUUUGCCGAUGACGUUCUGAAUCUGCGCUGGCGCCAUAAACUGCUGCUGCCCACAGCUGCCUCGCUGCCACUCCUGAUGGUCUACUUCACCAACUUUGGCAACACCACUAUUGUGGUCCCCAAGCCCUUCCGCCCAGUGCUUGGCCUGCACCUGGACUUGGGUCUCCUGUACUAUGUCUACAUGGGUCUGCUGGCUGUGUUCUGCACCAAUGCCAUCAAUAUCCUAGCAGGAAUUAACGGGCUAGAGGCUGGCCAGUCGCUAGUCAUUUCUGCUUCCAUCAUAGUCUUCAACCUGGUGGAGCUGAACGGUGAAUAUCGGGAUGACCAUGUCUUUUCCCUCUACUUCAUGAUUCCCUUUUUUUUCACCACCCUGGGACUGCUCUACCAUAACUGGUACCCGUCACGGGUGUUUGUGGGCGAUACCUUCUGUUACUUUGCCGGCAUGACCUUUGCCGUGGUGGGCAUCUUGGGACACUUCAGCAAGACCAUGCUGCUCUUCUUCAUGCCCCAGGUCUUCAACUUCCUCUACUCACUGCCUCAGCUCCUGCACAUCAUCCCCUGCCCUCGCCACCGGAUGCCCAGACUGAAUACCAAGACAGGCAAACUGGAGAUGAGCUAUUUCAAGUUCAAGGCCAAGAGCCUCUCUUUCUUGGGCACCUUUAUUCUAAAGGUAGCAGAGACCCUCCGGCUUGUGACUGUGCGCCAGAGUGAAGAUGAGGAGGCCUUCACCGAGUGUAACAACAUGACCCUCAUCAACUUGCUGCUCAAAGUCCUUGGGCCCAUCCAUGAGAGAAAUCUCACGAUGCUUCUGUUGCUGCUGCAGGUGAGGUUGGGGAGAGGGCCUAUACCUUCUUAUCUUACAUGCUCCAAAGUUCUGACUCCAGUCCAAUUUUCCUUGCAGGUUCUGGGCAGUGCUAUCACCUUCUCCAUCCGAUACCAGCUUGUCCGACUCUUCUACGAUGUCUGAUCAUUGCCCUCUGUCAGCAGUCGCUGGGGUUCCUGACUCAGGACAAGGUCUUUCUGGACCACAGAUGGUUGCCUCCCCAGCCCAGGCCUCUCCCACCCAAGGGGACAAGUUUCCCCGGCAUUCCCCAUUAUAUUUGUUCUUGACCAUUGACGGCUGGGCCAUUCCUACCCUCUAAAGACUAUUGAUUGAGGUUUGCCGGUGGCUUUCCUCAACUGGCUGCUGGCCCAUGCCAUUCUGUCCUUGCAGCCUCUUGAGGUGGGCAGCUUUUAUGCAGCUACCCACAACUCAACAUCCAGCCUUGAUUCCCAAGGAAUAUUCUGGGCGGUGGGAUAGAACCUGCACUGGAGAUAGAGACAGAGCCCGGAAGGUGACUUGACGUUUGAUUAGUAAUUAAGUGUUCUGAUUAGUAGGAGCUGAUUUGGGGGCCAGGUGCUCCCAGUGGUAAAAUAAAGUGCUGUGUUUUCAUUGUU